CCUCCCAGUGACGCCAUAUGGAGUCAUAAUCUAUUGACCUUAUUUAACACUAACUGGAAUUUCAAACCGUUCUGUAGUGCUUUGGUUACUCUUAUUUAACGUGAGAUGUCACUGUAAAUUCGGUUUGAACGUUUAUAUGUGGGUGUUCUGUGUUGUAUUCAGUUUGAUAAAGCGUUACAAAUUUAUAACUUAGUGGGGCUGUUUCAUCAAAAUAAAAAUGAAUACGUAUGUGGGAUUAACGGAUGCUGAGGCGAAGCAACUGCUGCUGCUUUUGGAAGGAGAUGAGUCAGAAGAAGAAGAGGUUGAUGAGGAUGAUGAGCAAGUGGUAAACUAUAUUUUAGAGGAAGAUCUACCACCCAGCGAUGUUUUCGAAGAUGACUUGCAUGUUGAUCCCGUCUUAGAUUUUGAUGAAGAGGAUGACGUCCCUCUAGCACAGCUAUUCCCUGUCCAGAAUGCAAAAAAAAACGAAAGGUUCAAGAUCGGUUGGUUUGGAAGAAGAGAGAUUUACCGGUAAUCAACUCAUAUUGCCAAGUUAGUUUUUCAAAGUCAAAUCAAAUAGGAACACCCUUAGAAUAUUUCCGAAAAUUCUUUGAUGAUGACAUUAUAGCAAAUUUAGUUCAUCAGACAAACUUAUAUUCGACUGAAAAGACUGGAGUUUCGGUGGACACCAGUUUCAAUGAAAUUUGCCAUUUCUUGGGGAUCCAUAUUAUUGCUGGAAUAGUGCACAUGCCCAGUUAUCGCAUGUAUUGGGCUAACGAAACAAGAUUCUCUCCAAUAGCUGAUGUUAUGAGCAGAAACCGAUUCGAGAAGCUUCGUUCGUGUUUUCAUAUCAAUGACAAUUCAAAAAUUAAAACAAGAGAUCAUCCAGAAUAUGACAAAUUGUUCAAAGUUCGCCCAUUUAUUGAAUCCCUAAAACAAAAUUUUGAAAAAAUUGAACCCGAAGAGCAUAAUGCUGUAGAUGAAAUUAUGAUACCGUGCAAAUCACAUACGGCACUGAAACAAUACAUCAAGAGUAAACCUCACAAAUGGGGUAUCAAGAUGUUUGCCAGAGCCGGUGCUAGCGGAAUUGUUUACGAUUUUGACAUAUAUAUUGGAAAAGGAACAACCCAUGAACCAUCUGAUCUGGGAAUAAGUGGAGACAUUGUCGUAAAAUUAGCUAAAAAUAUACCCAAAAACCAAAAUUUUAAAAUCUAUACGGACAAUUAUUUUACUUCUUUUAAUUUAUUCACAACCUUGCAACAAAUGGGAAUACUUUCUGUAGGCACAGUAAGAACAAAUCGGCUGAAGGGAUUGAAAUUCAAGGAAGAUAAAGUAAUGAAAACAGAAGGGCGAGGAUCAUACGAACACUUUACAGAAGAAAAUAAAAAAGUUGUGGCUGUGAAAUGGUUCGACAAUAAAGGUGUCACCCUUUUAUCUACUUAUGUUGGACUUCAACCCAUAGAGGAAGUGAGAAGGUGGUCUCAGACUGAAAAAAAGUAUGUACAUGUUCCCCGGCCAAAUAUUGUGAAGAUUUACAAUAUGAAUAUGGGUGGGGUGGACCUAAACGACAUGCUUGUUGCACUGUAUCGCACCAGAAUAGGAGUCAAACGAUAUUAUUUGAAGAUAUUUUUCCAUCUAAUGGAUAUUUCCAUAGUAAAUUCAUGGCUGUUAUAUCGUCGCGAUUGCAGACUGCAUGAUAUCACUUCCUACAAAAAGCUAGUUGUAUUUAGAAGUGAAAUAGGUCAUGCCUUCUUACAAUCAUUGUCAAAGGACAGAAAACGUGUAGGUCGUCCUUCUUCUCGCGAAAGUUCACCUCAACUCCAAAGGAAGAGAACCGUCAACCCACAACCCAUAGAUGACGUCCGAUACGAUGGUCGAGAACACUGGCCUGUUCAUAUAGAGCCGAAACAGAGAUGCAGAUCUUGUCAAGCAUACAGUCGACUGGCUUGCGAAAAAUGUAAAAUUCCGUUGUGCUUGACCAAAGAUCGAAAUUGUUUUAAAGCAUACCAUAUAAAAUCAUAAAUUAUGAAUUGUACAGUUUUUUCAAGAAUAAAUAUUUUUAGUUCAAAUUUCUCUUUAAUCCCAUUGACUCCAUUUGGAGUCAUAAAUUGUUUUGAUAUUUGUAAUAAAAAAAACAAUGAAAAAUAUAAUAAUACUAAUUUAUUUAUGCAUUGUAAGGUAUAUCACGUUCAUAAUAAUUUUUUCACGCACUAACGAAACAUUAAAAAAAAUUUGG